UCCAGGGGGUGUGGGAGUGGGAAAAUAAGCAGAUAACACACCCAGUCACACACACACACACAGAGAGAAAGAGAGAGGCAUCAUGGGAUCCUCUCCUGUUCUCCAGAAUCCCCAAAGUCUCCACAACGUCUUUGUGUACGGAAGCCUUUUGGCAGACGAGGUUGUGCGUGUGCUAUUGAAGCGAGUCCCUGAAUCCUCUCCCGCUGCCCUUGACGGCUACCAUAGGUUUAGCAUAAAAGGGCGUGUAUAUCCAGCAAUUUUACCUGUAGAGAAUAAAAAAGUUACUGGAAAGGUCCUCAAGCAUAUAACAGAUCCUGAAUUAGAUAUUUUAGAUGCUUUUGAAGAUGUUGAAUAUGAAAGAAGAAGUGUUGAGGUAUCAUUAACAGGUGAGGAAUGUUUGCAGGACAAGUCUGAGAAGAUAAAGGCUCACACCUAUGUUUGGGAAAACAAGAAUGACCCAAACUUGUAUGGAGAAUGGGAUUUUGAGGAAUGGAAGCAAGUACACUUGAAUGAUUUUCUAAGGAUGAGCAGCAAUUUCAUGGAAGAGCUAGACCUACCCGAUUCAAGGACUAGGGUGGUUACAUACGAAUCCUUCUUUCAGGCUGGUGAUGAAAAGUCGAUGGCUUGAUAGGAUUGCCUUUACUUCCGUUUCUUUAUGCCUGCAAGGAGUCUAAUUCCCUUCGUCUCUGUAAAUCUCAAGCUAUCUUCCUUUAUCUAAUAAUUAAUUCAACUGGGGAAACAAUAACCAUAUUUUCCUCUUUAUUAUCUCCAUGAUGGGUGAAGUCUACCUUUCUUAAUUUC